CUCAUACAGGUUUAGCAACUAACUCUCUCACACUCACACUCACACACUCUCUUUUCCUCACACACCCGGGAGUACAGCUGCUGGUUGAGGCGCCGUUCCGGUAUCGAGAAGUAAAACUGAGAAUUCAGCGCUGUUUAAUUAAGAAGUAGCUCAUCUGUUGAGGUUUCGACUCUGUCAUAAGAAGUAUCUUGUCUUGAUUCAUCAUCAUGGGCGUCUACGGGGGAAUGAAAUGCAUCAAAUACCUCAUGUUUGGCUUCAACUUCCUCUUCUGGUUGGCGGGGACGGCGGUGUUGGCCAUCGGGCUGUGGCUGCGUUUUGACAAGAGGACAGAGGGGCUGUUUCAGGACACAGACUCCCCAUCAGUCUUCUUCACAGGUGUGUACAUCCUGAUCGUGGCCGGUGCUCUGAUGAUGGUCGUCGGCUUCUUGGGAUGCUGCGGUGCAAUCAGGGAAUCGCCGUGCAUGCUGGGAUUGUUCUUCUUCUUCCUGCUGCUGAUCUUCGCUGCUGAGGUGGCCGCCGGCAUCUGGGGACUAUCCAAUAAGGACAAGGUGGUUGACGACAUUCAGAAGUUCUACAAGGAGACCUACACCAAUUACAUCGCAACCAAGCAGGAAGCACUCAAGGGAACCCUCAAAGCCAUCCAGUUCGGGCUGGACUGCUGUGGUCUGACUGGGACGGGUGUGGAGGCGGCUCUGCAGGAUUUGUGCCCCAAGAAGGAAGGACUGGAGGCGUUCGUCACCACGAGCUGCCCUGCUGCCAUUGACGAGAUGUUCAACGGCAAGCUGAGCGUGAUCGGUGGAGUAGGAAUCGGCAUCGGAGUCAUCAUGAUCUUCGGGAUGAUCUUCAGUAUGCUGCUGUGCUGUGCCAUCAAGAGGACUCGGGACAUCGUCUAACGCCCUUUCUUAUCGCCAUGGCAAUCCCUCCCCUCCCCUCGCGCCGUGCUCUUAACGUAUCCAGUGUCAAUGCCGCCCCACACACACACACACACACACACACACACACACACACACACACACUCUUACUCAUACUCGUGACGUUUCAUACGUGUGUGUGUGGACAAUAACAACAUUCCAGCAUUCAUUCAUCUCUGCACUGCUUCAGUACACACUGCGCUCGUUAUUGUUUUAUUGCCUUUAGUUUAGUCAGUUUAGGGGCCAAUUUAAUGCAAAUGCCAUCAACCUGAAGCUGUUAAGGUAGAUAAGCGCUCGAGUGGCAAUGAUCUGCACACACACACACACACACACACACACUCAAGUGUCAAUGAUCACUUGCGCGCACACACACACACACACACACACUCAAGUGUCAAUGAUCACUUGCGCGCUCACACACACACACACACACACACACACACACACACACACACACACACACACACACACACACACACACACACACACACAUGUUACGCUUGGCCUAUGACUGUGUGUGUGUCUUCACUGCAGCCAAUGUGGCGGAUGCUACUGUAUGUAAAAUAAAGCUAUUACUCCUAGCAGCGCAAACCACUGAAAUCAUGUUUAGAUUAGUUGAGUUUAGUUUCAUUUAGUUCGUUACACUGGGGGGUGGUCUGAGAGCAUGGUGGAGUGGUAAACCAGGGUAAGUUAACCUUGAGCAAGAGGUAAAUCAUCUAAUAGAAGAGCCUGGCUCUGUUGUUGUGAACCGGGUUAAGUUAACCUUGAGCAAGAGGUAAAUCAUCUAAUAGAAGAGCCUGGCUCUGUUGUAAACCGGGUUAAGUUAACCUUAAGGUAGAGGUAAAUCAGCUAAUAGAAGCCACUGGACUCCUCAUUUUCAUGACUAAAUGACACCUGUGGGCUAUCCAUUAGCUGGUUUACCGCCUGCUGUAGGUGCAUCACUUCACCAUGUUGUGGGACUGCCCUUCUGAAGUCCUGCCAUAACCGUAGCGGUGUGUGUAUGUAUAAAUGCUUGAUGACAUUAUUAUUAUUAUUGUUGUUAUUAUUGUUAUUAUUUUGGUGUUUUCGACACUGAUCUGGAGUACUUUUGUGUUGAUGUGGAGAUGAGGUACAUAUACAUUUAGAAAGAUAGAGAUGCCUUUUACUUUUUUAUUUCUUACACCGUGAUUUAAGUUUUUUUUUUUUUUUUUUGUCUAAUAAUGUUUUAAUUUGUGGAGAUCUGAUUUUAUAAAACACAGUUUUAUGUAUCUAUUUUGAGGAACAAAGAUUUGACUGUCUGGAAUGCCAAAUAAAAACGUUCUAAUAUGGCUCUAAA